CUCAUCCUCGGGUGGCGUCACGGCCGCGAUGUGUCAUCUCGGCGGAUGAGACGCCGCUCGUCUCCUGCGCUGUUCCCGCGGCAGAACGAUGUCUGUGAACCACCGUUAGUCCGGUUCUUCUUCUUCUCGCUCGUUCGCGGCGACUCUUCAACAGUUAUCCCUCGCUGAAAAGUAAAUAAAUACACAAGGACGAGGAUGUUCUUUCCGGCGGGCAACGCGUCCCUCGCCGCGCUGACUCUGGCGCUGCUGACCGUCGUCCUCUGCACCGCUCCGGUCGGUGCGAACGAGGACUGUCUGUGGUACGUGGACAAAAACGGCACCUGGCACAACGGCUUCGACUGCCCCCUCAUCACGUUCUGCUGUGGGAACUGCCACCGGCGCUACUGCUGCCUGGACGCCUUCAAGAUGAUCGCAGAGAGGGAGCAGAAGCGCUGCAUGCUCUUCCAGUUCAGCCCCACCACCUUGGCCGGCAUCGCCUCCUCCAUCCUCCUGUUUGUGGCGAUCAUCGCGACCAUGGUCUGCUGCUUCAUGUGCUCCUGCUGUUACCUGUACCAGAGGAGGCAGCAGCGGGGGAGGACACCAUACGACGCCCAGCACAUCCCCAUGGCCGCCUACCCGGUGGAGCCCAUGUACGAUGCUUAUGGUAAACCGCUGGGGCCGUCGGACUAUGCGCACAUAGGGUAUCCAAUGGCGCCCCACUACCCUGGCAUGCCUCCCCAUUACCCGGUGAUGCAGCCAGUACACUAUCCACCUCACCUGAUGGACCCCGCAUACAGCCAGGCCCCUCCACCUUACUCUCCACCGCAGUAUCCUGGUCAUUGAUGGGCUCCUCUGCAAACGCACACACACACACACUCACACACACACACACACACACACAAACAGCAUCCGAGAGAAAGGACUGUAUCAAAGGAAGAAGGCAGCGACACUCACAGACGCAACAGUCAAACAACGCUACAUCUCGACUAGCGGGAGGCACUUUAAGGUUUUUUUCUAAUGUUCAUUUGCAAGGUUGUAGUACUUUUCCGGAGUAUUUACCUAAGUCAAAUACCCGAUUGCUCCCGGCGGGUUUCGCAAAGGCCGUGACAAGAUCCCCAAAGUGAAGAAGCAUCUGUCCGGCGUCUCGACUCCGUGCUGCAACCUCACCUCGAGGCUCGGGAGGCAUCUACAGAAACAAAUCUACAUGCACUUCCUGUGUGUUCAUUCAAGGGAUCAAUGCUUUACUUCCCCGCCUUUAUGUUAGAAAACAUUGAAUUGGUAACUGCCAUAGGCUACAUUCCAGGUCGCACACUCCCCAAAUAUGAUCACUUAACGACUUUAUUUCUGUAUUUGAUAUUUUUUUCUUUCUGUAGUGUGGUAGAGGCUGAAGUGAAAAAACAAGUGCAUGUUUGAACAAGGACAUGUGCGGUUCUGCGGGGCGGCGCAAUACUGUCCUAAAUUUGCAGAUUGCCCAAAGGAUCAUUCGAUUUAGUUUAAGAUCCUUGUAGUCAUUCGUUCGUUUCAGCUUGCCACUUUGUUUUUUUUGUAGCUGACGGGACUAAUUUAUUCACGAUAGUAUAUUAGAUGCACUAAUUCAUAUGUAACAUCUAUCCAUCAGCAUGCUACCCCAGUCAGAGUGAUCUGUCCCUUCAUGCUACUUUUCUGGUUUUAUAUGAAUUAGACAUCUUUAGAUUAAUCACAUGAUGGUAGGAUGUGUCCUGGUGAAAGUCACGUUUAUUUGUUGUAACAUAUCAGGUCAGGGGAGUUGCCGGUCUUGCUGCUUGGUUUAAAACAAAGUGUCCCGCCAAUAAUGAACCAUGAUGGAGAAAGAAGGGGAAAAAGAGAUUAACUAUUUAAAUCAUUAUUUUGUAAAUCUUUUCUUCAGAUGAAUAUUUUAUGAUAUUGUAACAAGUUAUUUGAAACAUAAUGUAUUGUUAUUGUAACAUAAGAUGACGUUUUAGCACUUUUGGCAUCUUUCCAUUUGGUAUUUAUUAUUAACGUUAUUGUUUAGGUCACCUGUUACUGUGAAUGGGUUCUCAGCUUGUGGCUAUAGCUGCAAAGCCAAAAAUCACUACUGUUGAAAAAGUAGAUGUCUUUUUUGAAGUCAUUGAUGGGAAAUGUAUUUCCUUACUGGUGUAGAUCAAAACUAAUCUCAAAGAUGCAAGUGUCUCAAUCUCCUCGCCUGCAGAAAACAGAACGGUGUUUUUACCAAAACUACAAAUUGUUUGUUAAAAUGUGCACUUUGGGGCUCCAGUGGGGAAGCUGGUCCAGGUUGGUGUUUUGGUUCACUCUGCUUCCCCUGUAAGACGUAUGGACUGUAAAACAUGACUUCUGGAGCAUGUUUGGAGCGGUGAUCUGUCAGACUACGCACAUGUGAUGAUUGUGUUUAUUCGGGUGUAAUGUAUCACUACAUUAAAGGAAAGGCGCGUCAUGCUGAUCGGUGAGAGAAGCCCCCCCGGGGCUUCGCUUUGAGACUUACUGCUGAAUCUCGUCUCAGAAAAGAAGGCAAACCAUCAUGUUUCCUCCGGUGGCGACGUCCAUUUGUACAGACGUGUUGAGCCUUUGUGAAGCACACAGACAAACACUGGACUUUUAUUUGUAUAAUGCUUCCGUAUGUAGUUUGACAUAAUCUGCUCAAUGAUGUUACUGUUUAUUUGUUGUUCUAAACCAACUCCAUGAGUGUGUUUACUGGAACUGACAUCGGUUGGCAAAAUGACUGUCUCUGGUCAUAUGGAUGGUAUGCCAUUGUAAUAUAAAGUGAGGGGAAAAGGGUUUUAUUUCUAGUAACAUAAAAUUUAACUUUGGAAUGUAAAUAUAAAA